AUGGGCAGUGGCCCCACCCAUAAACUGAGCGGCGAUGUUGACAUACUUCUAGGAAUCCUGGAAAAACCAGAUGAUGCUCAACAUUUGAAUAACUCACUGCCUUUCAUGAAACAAUCUUCAGCCUUUUAUUUAGAGGCAGUGGAAAUUUACCCUUCUGGAGCUGAGGAAGUUUAUACACUCAGCAGUUUUGAUGUAAUUAUAUUCUAUCAUAAAAUGUCUACAAAGUAUCGUAGUGCAAAGAAGUCUGAGCUGAAAAGAAGCUGCAGAAGCAGAGGCGCAGAGGAAGAAUCAGCAAAGAAGUCUGAGCUGAAAAGAAGCUGCAGAAGCAGAGGCGCAGAGGAAGAAUCAGCAAAGAAGUCUGAGCUGAAAAGAAGCUGCAGAAGCAGAGGCGCAGAGGAAGAAUCAGCAAAGAAGUCUGAGCUGAAAAGAAGCUGCAGAAGCAGAGGCGCAGAGGAAGAAUCAGCAAAGAAGUCUGAGCUGAAAAGAAGCUGCAGAAGCAGAGGCGCAGAGGAAGAAUCAGCAAAGAAGUCUGAGCUGAAAAGAAGCUGCAGAAGCAGAGGCGCAGAGGAAGAAUCAGCAAAGAAGUCUGAGCUGAAAAGAAGCUGCAGAAGCAGAGGCGCAGAGGAAGAAUCAGCAAAGAAGUCUGAGCUGAAAAGAAGCUGCAGAAGCAGAGGCGCAGAGGAAGAAUCAGCAAAGAAGUCUGAGCUGAAAAGAAGCUGCAGAAGCAGAGGCGCAGAGGAAGAAUCAGCAAAGAAGUCUGAGCUGAAAAGAAGCUGCAGAAGCAGAGGCGCAGAGGAAGAAUCAGCAAAGAAGUCUGAGCUGAAAAGAAGCUGCAGAAGCAGAGGCGCAGAGGAAGAAUCAGCAAAGAAGUCUGAGCUGAAAAGAAGCUGCAGAAGCAGAGGCGCAGAGGAAGAAUCAGCAAAGAAGUCUGAGCUGAAAAGAAGCUGCAGAAGCAGAGGCGCAGAGGAAGAAUCAGCAAAGAAGUCUGAGCUGAAAAGAAGCUGCAGAAGCAGAGGCGCAGAGGAAGAAUCAGCAAAGAAGUCUGAGCUGAAAAGAAGCUGCAGAAGCAGAGGCGCAGAGGAAGAAUCAGCAAAGAAGUCUGAGCUGAAAAGAAGCUGCAGAAGCAGAGGCGCAGAGGAAGAAUCAGCAAAGAAGUCUGAGCUGAAAAGAAGCUGCAGAAGCAGAGGCGCAGAGGAAGAAUCAGCAAAGAAGUCUGAGCUGAAAAGAAGCUGCAGAAGCAGAGGCGCAGAGGAAGAAUCAGCAAAGAAGUCUGAGCUGAAAAGAAGCUGCAGAAGCAGAGGCGCAGAGGAAGAAUCAGCAAAGAAGUCUGAGCUGAAAAGAAGCUGCAGAAGCAGAGGCGCAGAGGAAGAAUCAGCAAAGAAGUCUGAGCUGAAAAGAAGCUGCAGAAGCAGAGGCGCAGAGGAAGAAUCAGCAAAGAAGUCUGAGCUGAAAAGAAGCUGCAGAAGCAGAGGCGCAGAGGAAGAAUCAGCAAAGAAGUCUGAGCUGAAAAGAAGCUGCAGAAGCAGAGGCGCAGAGGAAGAAUCAGCAAAGAAGUCUGAGCUGAAAAGAAGCUGCAGAAGCAGAGGCGCAGAGGAAGAAUCAGCAAAGAAGUCUGAGCUGAAAAGAAGCUGCAGAAGCAGAGGCGCAGAGGAAGAAUCAGCAAAGAAGUCUGAGCUGAAAAGAAGCUGCAGAAGCAGAGGCGCAGAGGAAGAAUCAGCAAAGAAGUCUGAGCUGAAAAGAAGCUGCAGAAGCAGAGGCGCAGAGGAAGAAUCAGCAAAGAAGUCCGAGCUGAAAAGAAGCUGCAGAAGCAGAGGCGCAGAGGAAGAAUCAGCAAAGAAGUCUGAGCUGAAAAGAAGCUGCAGAAGCAGAGGCGCAGAGGAAGAAUCAGCAAAGAAGUCCGAGCUGAAAAGAAGCUGCAGAAGCAGAGGCGCAGAGGAAGAAUCAGCAAAGAAGUCCGAGCUGAAAAGAAGCUGCAGAAGCAGAGGCGCAGAGGAAGAAUCAGCAAAGAAGUCUGAGCUGAAAAGAAGCUGCAGAAGCAGAGGCGCAGAGGAAGAAUCAGCAAAGAAGUCUGAGCUGAAAAGAAGCUGCAGAAGCAGAGGCGCAGAGGAAGAAUCAGCAAAGAAGUCUGAGCUGAAAAGAAGCUGCAGAAGCAGAGGCGCAGAGGAAGAAUCAGCAAAGAAGUCUGAGCUGAAAAGAAGCUGCAGAAGCAGAGGCGCAGAGGAAGAAUCAGCAAAGAAGUCUGAGCUGAAAAGAAGCUGCAGAAGCAGAGGCGCAGAGGAAGAAUCAGCAAAGAAGUCUGAGCUGAAAAGAAGCUGCAGAAGCAGAGGCGCAGAGGAAGAAUCAGCAAAGAAGUCUGAGCUGAAAAGAAGCUGCAGAAGCAGAGGCGCAGAGGAAGAAUCAGCAAAGAAGUCUGAGCUGAAAAGAAGCUGCAGAAGCAGAGGCGCAGAGGAAGAAUCAGCAAAGAAGUCUGAGCUGAAAAGAAGCUGCAGAAGCAGAGGCGCAGAGGAAGAAUCAGCAAAGAAGUCUGAGCUGAAAAGAAGCUGCAGAAGCAGAGGCGCAGAGGAAGAAUCAGCAAAGAAGUCUGAGCUGAAAAGAAGCUGCAGAAGCAGAGGCGCAGAGGAAGAAUCAGCAAAGAAGUCUGAGCUGAAAAGAAGCUGCAGAAGCAGAGGCGCAGAGGAAGAAUCAGCAAAGAAGUCUGAGCUGAAAAGAAGCUGCAGAAGCAGAGGCGCAGAGGAAGAAUCAGCAAAGAAGUCUGAGCUGAAAAGAAGCUGCAGAAGCAGAGGCGCAGAGGAAGAAUCAGCAAAGAAGUCUGAGCUGAAAAGAAGCUGCAGAAGCAGAGGCGCAGAGGAAGAAUCAGCAAAGAAGUCUGAGCUGAAAAGAAGCUGCAGAAGCAGAGGCGCAGAGGAAGAAUCAGCAAAGAAGUCUGAGCUGAAAAGAAGCUGCAGAAGCAGAGGCGCAGAGGAAGAAUCAGCAAAGAAGUCUGAGCUGAAAAGAAGCUGCAGAAGCAGAGGCGCAGAGGAAGAAUCAGCAAAGAAGUCUGAGCUGAAAAGAAGCUGCAGAAGCAGAGGCGCAGAGGAAGAAUCAGCAAAGAAGUCUGAGCUGAAAAGAAGCUGCAGAAGCAGAGGCGCAGAGGAAGAAUCAGCAAAGAAGUCUGAGCUGAAAAGAAGCUGCAGAAGCAGAGGCGCAGAGGAAGAAUCAGCAAAGAAGUCUGAGCUGAAAAGAAGCUGCAGAAGCAGAGGCGCAGAGGAAGAAUCAGCAAAGAAGUCUGAGCUGAAAAGAAGCUGCAGAAGCAGAGGCGCAGAGGAAGAAUCAGCAAAGAAGUCUGAGCUGAAAAGAAGCUGCAGAAGCAGAGGCGCAGAGGAAGAAUCAGCAAAGAAGUCUGAGCUGAAAAGAAGCUGCAGAAGCAGAGGCGCAGAGGAAGAAUCAGCAAAGAAGUCUGAGCUGAAAAGAAGCUGCAGAAGCAGAGGCGCAGAGGAAGAAUCAGCAAAGAAGUCUGAGCUGAAAAGAAGCUGCAGAAGCAGAGGCGCAGAGGAAGAAUCAGCAAAGAAGUCUGAGCUGAAAAGAAGCUGCAGAAGCAGAGGCGCAGAGGAAGAAUCAGCAAAGAAGUCUGAGCUGAAAAGAAGCUGCAGAAGCAGAGGCGCAGAGGAAGAAUCAGCAAAGAAGUCUGAGCUGAAAAGAAGCUGCAGAAGCAGAGGCGCAGAGGAAGAAUCAGCAAAGAAGUCUGAGCUGAAAGAAGCUGCAGAAGCAGAGGCGCAGAGGAAGAAUCAGCAAAGAAGUCUGAGCUGA